AGAUAGCUGUAGUGAAUUUCCAGCACCUAGGGAUGCUUCAGUCUGCAUUAGAUAUUGCUGCAGAAAUGUGCUAUGGAAGAUUAAGGCUUUGCCAUCUGUAAUGCAGUUAAAAUAGUGUUGUUCACAUUGAAGCUAUAGUGUGUUAUUGCCAGCUAGUGUAUGAUUUUGGAGUAUACACAUGAGCAGGUUAUUAAGCCUGAGUCAUCUUAUUGAAUCUUGCCAGUCUGAAUGAAGGACUUAUAUAAUCUUUAAAAUGUGAUUUAGUGAAGAAGAGCAGACUGCCAGCCAGCAGCACACUGUCUGGGUGAGCACACAAGCUCCCUCUUCAGGAAAUCAGGCAAGCAGCAAGCAUGAGUCUGGCAGCGCGCAAGUUUGAGCGCCAGGACCCUGUCAUCUGAACCCUGUCUCCAGCUGACUUUCCAGCUCGCUGGGUGCUGUUCAUCCCACACCAUGGAGGACUGCCUUCACACCUCCUCUGAAAACCUGUCCAAGCUGGUGAGCUGGGCCCACAGCCACGGGACCAUCUGCAGCCUCAUCCCCAACCUCAAGCACCUGCUGUCUGAGGGGGCCCACGGCAACCUGACGGCCAUGUGGGGCUGCAGCGCCGGCCAUGCCUACCACUGGCCCCUGGCCGCCACGUGCCGGGCGGGCUCCCAGGAGCGUGUUUGUUUCCAGGACAGCCGCAGCUUCAACUCAGACAGCCCCAGCAUGCUGGGGGUGCCCUCAGAGGUGCAGGCCAGCCCCCUGGAGCGCUACCCAGGCCGGCCGGGGAAGGCCAAGCUGGACUGCACCCGCACCCGUGACUCCUGUGACUUCUCCUACUGCAGCGAGCCCUCAGAGCUGGGUGAGCCAGUGGAGGAGUAUGAGGAUGAGGCCACACUCUUUGACAUGGUCUGUGAGUCCUCUGUGACUGAUGAGGACAGUGACUUCGAGCCUCAAUCCCACCGCGCCCCCGGCGGCCCUCGGAAGCGGCCUCCCGCCAUAGUCCCUGCCGCCGCCCACGCGCAGCCAGCCGAUGAGGGGGGCAGCGAGGUGCUCCUCAAGAAGAUCAAGCAGGAGCUGCCCGAGGACUACUACAUUGUGGCCAACGCCGAGCUGACGGCUGGUGCCGAUGGGCCAGCACUGGCCCUCACCCAGAUGUCCAAGCCCAAGCCACCAGCACAAGCUGGACCCUCUGGCAUGGUUGCCACCAGGACCCUGCCCCUGCCCGCUGCUGGCCCGGACCCCGACCCGCCGCAUCUCUGCGCCUCCCCACCUGGACCACCACGGCUCCCUGCUCAGAGGCCACCCCGGUGUGCCCUGGCCUCCCCAGCCCGGGGUACAGCUGGUGGCAUCCCCUCAGCCACCCUACAGGUGCCAGCCACCAGCUCCAAUGCCACAGCCAUGGGGAAGGCUAUCAGCAUCCCACUGUCAGCCCUGCAGCUGCCCGGCCAGGAGGAGACCCCAGCCACCGAGGAGACCCCACCGCCCGCCCCGCAACCGGCCCCGGGCAGCGAAGCAGCCGCAUCGCCCUCGGUGAGCACAGAGCCCGAGGUCAGCUCCAGCCAGCAGCAACCCCCUGCUGCUCCCACUGCCACCCCCGAGGCAGCGGUGCCGUCGAUGCCAGUAGUUUCCAGAAGGACCACUGAAAAAAUACCCCAAAGGAUAAUCCCUGGCCAGAAGAGCUUUUCAUCUCUACUCAGAAAGAUGCAGCAAGACCAGGAUGAGAGAGCUGCAGAGCUCAGCAGGGAGCAGAAUGAGAAGACCAUUCGCAGUACACAGACAGCUCUCCGCAAUUUCCGAGAGUUCCUCAUCUCCAAGUAUCCUUCUGAGACCCGAGAGAUCUACGUCAUCCCCUGCAAAGAGCUUGAUGCCUACCUUGCUUCCUUUUUUGUGGAUGCCAGGCAGAAGGAUGGGUCUGAAUAUGAGCCAAACAGCUUGGCCAACUAUCAGUGUGGGCUGGAGCGGUAUCUCAAAGAGCACAGGUAUGGGUACAGUAUUACCAGGGAUAAGGAGUUCAAAAGGUCCCAGGAGGCGCUAAAGCAAAAGCAGAUAGAGCUGAGGUGUAAAGGAAAAGGAAACAAGCCACACAAAUCCAUGAAGCUCACCUUUGCUGACGAACUUAUUCUGCGUAAAAGAGGCUUAUUGAGCCGGUACAAUCCUGAAGGGCUCUUGAACCUCGUCUGGCUGAACAACACUAAGGCCUUCGGACACUGCACAGGUUUUCAUGGAUCCACCCUCAAGUGGGGAGACAUCCGGCUGCGGGUGACAGAGACGGGACUGGAGUACCUGGAGUGGAUGGGACCGGACAAUGGAGAUGUCAAUGCCAAGAGCAAGAGAGGGGGGACGGACUCGCGGGUGUACGCUACCCAGCACUCGCCACAGACCUGCCCCGUGCAAGACUACAAGGAGUAUGCCCAGAGGCGGCCUCCAGCCAUGCGCUACGAGGAUGCGCCUUUUUACCUCUCCAUCAAACCCGUUGUCAACUUGGCUGCUCUUCACUGGUACAACUGCCAAGCCCUGGGGAAAAACAAGCUUGCCAAGAUGGUAAAGACGAUGUGCGAGAAGGGCAACAUCCCUGGCAGGAAGACCAACUUCAGUGUCUACCAGAGCUGUAGCACGUUGUCAGAAGCGCAGAGCAACCAGCUCGUGCUGAUCUGCAAUAACUUGAGCCAGCAGGCUGCCCAGUCCAUGGCAAGCCACUCCAAUACUGGCAAUUUCAUAGUAUCAGCAUCCUAUGACUCUUCCUCUGACACAGCUUGAAGAGUGAUAUAACCUGGACAGAUUUUUAUUUUCCAUUUUGUUUCAAGAGUUGAAUUUGUGCCCAAUAAUAUGCAUCAACUGUGAUUGUACACUAUUCCCCCAUAGCCCUCUCUCCAGUGUUAAUUCACUUUAUAAAAAUAUAUAAAUAUAUAAUAUAUUUUUCUUUUUACAAAUAAGUCAAUAGAAAUAGUUUAGUAUUACUAACAUAGUAUUUAUAGUGUUAAUACAAAAAUGAAAGUUACUUAUGGGUUAUAAUAUAAUUGCAGAUUUUAAAAGGACAAAAGUGGUUCUCAGGCAACACAAGAUAGACUGGAAAUACCAUUUUUAAGAUGCACACAUCGGUGACUGUAAAUCCCCAGGGAGGCUUACGUAGCAAUUCUAUUUUAAAGCAAUUUUUUGACUUCUUAUUUUAACAUGGCCUCCUAGAGUAGAGGAGACAAACUUAUCACUGGCUGCUGCUCCUUACCUGCUGGCUUGUUCUUGAUCAGCAAGACAAGGAAAUAAGAGAUACAGCAAUGUAAGGUUGUGAAAGCAUUAACAACAAUUUUUACCUGCUUGUUUGUUUGUUUUAAUUUUGUUUCCUGAGACUUUAUGCCCGAUGGAAAAGAAAAAUCCUGAAGUCAGCUAAAAGCUAUUUUUAGCUUUUGUUUUUGUUGAUGAUUUUCUGUGAUCACAAUGUCACUGGUCUUUAGUCUAAAAGAUACUAUUUUCAACAACAAGCAGAAGUAUAAUGGCAAAAGAAGUGAAACAAAUAAUUUUAACUCUUUAAGCACUGGUCAUUAGUAUUUUGUCACUGUGUAUACUUAAUGUAAAAUCUACUGACUUUGAGCCACUCUUUCAGUAUUCUGGGGAAUGCAACAGUUCAGAAAAAUCCAUAAUCUUAUCUCAAACUAUACAGAGAAAAUGCAUUAAAUAUGUCUUAAGCCAUCAUUUGAAAUUCACAAAAAAUAACAUAGGAAAUGUAAGGAUAGAUUGAUAUUUACUUCAGAGAAUGAAAAAGCUGUAUAGUUUUAAGCACUGGAAAACAAUUUGAAGUCACCUACACAUAAUCUAUUUCCAUUGUAGACAAUGGAAAAUGGGUGUUUGACUCUGAAGGCAGAAUUUGGUCCUUAAAGCCUUGAAAUAAUGAAUGCUAUUGUCCCAACAUUUGACUUUGCAAUGUAACUGUUUUCUGAGUACAGGAAAAACACUAACAAAUA